CAAUACAGUGCAGUGCACCAAACUGAGAGAAACGCAGCGCACAAGGGUAGUUUCGGCAAUGAACUUUGGAGCCCCCGGGCAAACCCCAAAAUCAUUGGAUGCUGCAACCAGUUCAACCAAUAAAAUCCUCCCACCCCCACGGGAUCUGUAUAGGCUAGCCACAAUUUAACAUUCUCUCCGGAGAAAAAGCGCAGAAACCAACACACACACAAUCACACUCACAGAGAGAGCAAGCAAGCAAGCAGCAAGCUUGUUUUCAGAUACAAGGCCCGAAAACGGCGGCGUUCAACGCCGUCGUCUCGUCGUAACCCAAAAAGCUAGUAUAUACUCCAUUCAAUAUUGUUCUCCCCAUACAUAGGAAAGGGACGAGACAUCUAUGUGUCUAUAUACAUGUCUCCGCCCCCAAGAAAAGCCUCACAAAUAAAAUAAUUAAAUGAAUAAUUCACUUGCUUCAUUCUACGGCAAUGGAUCCGGGGUUAGGGUUUUAGCUUCUCAAUAAUAUCUGCAGAAUCCAGCGGAAUUCCGUUUUUCAUUUUUUUCUUUUGGUUUUCUGACAAAAAGAUGAAGCUAAAGGGUGAUGUGUUUCGCUCGCCUAGACUGCGCAAGUAUGUCUUCAUCGGGUUAUUACUGUUGCUGGGAUUGGUUUGUUUGUACAAUGGCUCGCUGUUUUCCACUGGUUUGCCACGUGGGGACGAUUCGUUCGAAGACGGCGUUGACCCCGUCACCGGAAGAUUUGUUAUGAAAAGGGAUUUUGAUGAUGUUUUCGAGGACGACGAGCACAAUCCCGAAGUUCCAAAAACCAUUCCGAUUUGUGAUUUGAGAUAUUCGGAGUUGAUUCCGUGUCUGGAUAGGAAUUUGAUAUAUCAAAUGAAACUGAAGCUUAACAUGAGCUUAAUGGAGCACUAUGAAAGGCAUUGUCCGCUCCCAGAGCGCCGCUACAAUUGCCUUAUACCUCCUCCCAUUGGCUACAAGAUCCCAAUUAGAUGGCCCGCUAGUAGGGACCAAGUUUGGAAGGCAAACAUACCACAUACACAUCUUGCAAAGGAGAAAUCAGAUCAGAAUUGGAUGAUUGUGGAUGGUGAGAAGAUAAAGUUUCCAGGUGGUGGAACUCAUUUCCAUGAUGGAGCUGACAAAUACAUUGCAGCUAUUGCCGGGAUGCUUAAGUUUCCUGGCGAAAGACUCAAUAAUGGUGGCCAUAUCCGGAAUGUUCUUGAUGUGGGCUGUGGGGUUGCAAGUUUUGGAGCGUAUCUCCUCCCCCUUAACAUCAUAGCCAUGUCUCUAGCUCCUAAUGAUGUUCAUGAGAACCAAAUACAAUUUGCCCUAGAAAGAGGGAUCCCAGCUACUUUAGGUGUUUUGGGCACCAGAAGACUACCAUAUCCGAGCAGAUCUUUUGAAUUGGCUCAUUGUUCCCGUUGCCGGAUUGAUUGGCUUCAGAGAGAUGGCAUCCUUUUGUUAGAAUUGGACAGAUUGCUGAGACCCGGAGGCUAUUUUGUCUAUUCAUCGCCAGAAGCUUAUGCACAUGACCCGGAAAAUCGAAGAAUUUGGAGUUCUAUGUAUGACCUUCUGAGAAGAAUGUGCUGGAGAGUUGCUGCAAGGAGAGAUCAAACAGUGAUAUGGGCUAAGCCAUUAAGUAAUAGUUGCUAUAUGAAAAGGACUCCGGGAACUCUCCCACGUCUCUGUAGUUCUAAUGAUGAUCCAGAUGCAGCAUGGAAUGUACCUAUGAAGGCAUGCAUCACCCCAUAUUCGACAAAAAUGCAUCGUGAGAAGGGGAGUGGACUAGAACCCUGGCCAAAGAGGCUUACAACUGCUCCACCACGCCUGGGAGAAAUUGGUGUAAGUGUUGAGGAAUUUCUUAAAGACACGAAUGUAUGGCAUUACAGAGUGGCUGAGUAUUGGAAGCAGAUGAAAUCUGUCAUACAGCGGGACUCAUUCAGAAAUGUCAUGGAUAUGAACUCAAACCUUGGAGGUUUUGCUGCUGCUCUAAAAGACAAGGAUAUUUGGGUGAUGAAUGUUGCUCCAGUUAAUGCGUCGGCCAGAUUGAAGAUUAUCUAUGAUCGAGGCUUAAUUGGAACAGUUCAUGACUGGUGUGAAUCAUUUUCAACUUACCCACGCACCUAUGAUUUGGUUCAUGCCUGGUCAGUCUUCUCACAGAUAGAGGAGAGAGGUUGUAGCUCGGAGGAUCUAUUGAUCGAAAUGGACCGGAUGCUACGACCCGAAGGUUUUGUGAUCAUCAGAGACAAACCUUAUGUUAUAAAUCAUGUACGCAAAUUCUUGGCUUCCUUAAAGUGGGACAAAUGGACGUCGGAGGUGGAACCUAGUGCUGAUGCUCUCUCCGCAAAUGAAGAAAGAGUUUUAAUUGCAAGAAAAAAUCUAUGGGAUAAUAUUUCCGUGUUGUAAAUCUCCUCACUUCAUUAGUACAUAGUUUUCUGUUUCUAUCUACUAGUUACUGGGUGGAAAGUUAUAUGGCUUCUCUCUUCUUGAGUCUUGAUGAUAUCGUUAGAUAUUCGGGAUCUGUAACAUUUUGAUUUUUCAUUGUCUCAGUAUAAACCAACUCCUUCCUUUUUGUAUUCCACAGAAAUUUCAUUCAACAGAAUUUGUUGAGGUUCGUUCA